AUGCCUUAUAUUGAUGAUGAACUUCAAAAUCGUUGGUUCGACUUUGGUGGCGAUACUAUCAUUAACACUAACCGUCAUAUUCGUUUAACAAACAAUCGUCAAUCGCAAGUUGGUCACUUAUGGUCUAGACUGCCUAUUACUGCUCCUGAUUUCGAAGUGGAAUUUGAAUUCAACGUGGAUGGUCCUGCUGGUCAUUUGUAUGGUGAUGGUUUUGCAAUGUGGUUGACAAAGGAAAGAGCCACUGAAGGAACUGUAUUUGGUUCAAAGAAUCAAUUUGAUGGUCUUGGUGUAUUCUUCGAUACCUAUGAUAAUGAACGUGCUCAUCGUCAUACAUUCCCUUAUAUUAGUGCCAUGCUUGGUGAUGGUGCCACUACUUAUGACAAUGACAAGGAUGGUCGAACAACGGAAUUGGCUGGUUGUGAAGCGGAUUUCCGGGCAAAAACAUUCCCUACACGUGCCCGUUUGUCUUAUUACAAGAACAAUUACCUUAAAUUGGAUGUGAUGUGGCGUGAUGAAGAUACUUGGGAUGAAUGUUUCAAGGUAGAUGAUGUCAAGUUGCCAAAUCAAAUCUAUCUUGGAUUCUCUGCUCAUACUGGUGAAUUGACUGAUAAUCACGACAUUAUUUCAGUAUCAACAAGAACAUUGGUACCAGAACCAAAGCAAACUAAACCGACCAAGGCACCAGCAAAACCAAAAAAGACAUCCGGUGGAUUCUUCACCUUCUUGUUGAAGAUUCUUCUUGCAGCUGGACUUGUGGGUGUGUUGUUUGUGGGGUAUCGCGCGUACGAAAAGAACAAUCAAAUGAAGCGUUUCUAA